UGUUGGCCUUGGGCGCUGUUCAAUAAUAAAAUUAAUAAAAUAGUCGCAUGUCGCUGAUGCUACCGUCCUCUAGAUUCAUUCACCUUCGCCAACACCUCUCUGAAGUGUUGUUUGGAUCUCGAAGCUGUUCAACUUUCUCCUUCAACCCCCUAAUUGAGCUUAUACUUGAGCUUACUCCGUAUACUUUCUAUAAUUUGCCUUUGGGUGUCUUAACGCCUGCCCUUCCCCUCAUUCUCCUCACAUCAUCUAAACCCCGACUUUGCCAUCCUGUCAAAGCUCCAACAUUGCGCCAUUCCCUUCGCAAUACCUGCAAAUACCUUUCUUCCAUCACAUCUGUAACAAUGCGCUUCUCCGCAACCGCGCUUCUGACCCUCCCGCUCCUUGCGGCGGCGGCCGAGGGUCCCUUUGAUCAGUACAAGGCCCAGUUCCAGAACUUCCUGAGCUCCUUUGGCGCCGCUCAGCCCGAGGCGGCUGACGGACAACACGUCCCGUCCUCACCGGAAGCUGAGGUCGACCCUGAAAAUAAGAUACAUGUCUUGACACUUCACAACUGGAAGGACACCCUCUACAGCCCUGUCAAGGCUAGUGCCACCAAGCCAGAGGAGUGGUGGCUGUUGGCCACUGGGGGUAACAAGACUUGCUUCGGACACUGCCAGAAAGUCGAACAGGCGUUCAAGGAGGCCACCAAGACGCUCGCCAAACUCCCAGAUGGUCCACACGCGGCCUUGAUCAACUGUGAUGACCAGCCGGUCCUUUGCAACAGUUGGUCUGCCACCAGUGGCGUCCUCUGGGUGAUCCAGAUGCUUCCCGAGCCAGCGCCCAUCGACAUCUAUCUCAGACGCCUCAACCUAACCACGACCACGUCGCAAACCAUUCUCGACCUCCACGCCCAAGACCUCAAAGACAAAACCGUCUUCCACCACCAUGAGGGCUAUUUCCACCCCUUUGACGGUCCCCUGGCCAAGAACCAUGUGGCCGUUCCGAUCGGCUAUUUCUUCUGGCUCCUCAACGUCAUCCCCAGCUGGGCCAUGAUGCUGGGUGUCUCCUUCCUUAGCCGGUCCAUGAUGUCGCGCCGCAUGAACAAACAGCAAACCCGCCCCGCGAAUGCCGGUGCUGCUCCUGCGGCCCCGCGUGGUGCCCCCCCGGGAGACGCAAGAUCAUAAACUGCAUGUGAGGCACUGGUCCCACGGACCUGGCCCCGUCGGUAUUAUUCCGAGCAGACGUCUGUUUUGUUAUCUAUGUAGUAUGGUCCAGGCAUGGGGCGCGUCUCCCCGAAUAGCCCGCUGUGAUUAGACCACUUGUGGUGUGUCUGUAUAUGGCGGGCUUGGAACGGCAGGUCGAGACCCUGGUUGGCUGGGAUGGGGUAUAGGUAGAUACUAGGCAGUGUCAAAUGGUAAUCUCCCAAUGUAAAUUUGGGUUCCUCCGCACUCCGCAGCUCUAUAUCAAGUCGUUGUCGUU